AUCACGCUGUUAACUUUAUUUUUCAUAGAGUGAUCAAAUUAAAUAUUUUAUACAAGUACAGGGACAAAAGGAGUCACAAUCCCUCAAUUUAUAAUGGAAGCAUCUAAAAAUCAACUUAUAGUUACGACAAACAUCACCCUAAGGCAUGGAAGUGGCACAGUGUUAUCUAGAUGGCAAUGCAGACGCAGUAGAGUUUUGUACGCAUGAGCCGUAUCACAAUGUUUUAGCAGCUGCAACUUACACUUUGCAGGAGGGGGAUAGGCCGAGUCGAACUGGUAGCAUUUCACUUUUCGAUGUAAAUCCUGAUGUGGGUCGGUUCGAGUUGUUUUACCGCGUGGAGACUGGGGGGAUUUUUGACAUUAAGUGGAGUCCUGUCGUUGGGAAUGUGGGUCCAAUGCUUGCGCAAGCUGAUGCUGAUGGUUGCUUGAGAGUUCAUGGAUUAGAGUGCUGUUCUAAUGGAGGGGACUCUCUAUCUCUAAGAGAGAUAGUUGGUGAAAAAAUAAGCUCCUCUAUGUGUCUUUGUGUGGACUGGAAUCCAUCAACCACAUCUAUCUCAGUGGGGCUUUCUGAUGGUUCUGUAUCUGUAGUGUCCUUUUCAGAGUCCCAGUUAAAUGUAAUUCAAGAGUGGAAAGCACAUGAUUUUGAGCUAUGGGCUGCAUCAUUUGACAUUCACCAACCUCAGUUGGUAUACACUGGUUCGGAUGAUUGCAAAUUCAGUUGUUGGGAUUUAAGGGAUGGUCCUUCCAAUUUGGUGUUUCAGAAUUCUAAAGUCCAUAAGAUGGGUGUCUGUUGCAUUGCAAAGAGUCCUAGGGACCCUAAUAUCUUACUCACCGGUAGUUAUGAUGAGUAUCUAAGGCUAUGGGAUGUAAGAUCAAUUUCCAAACCAGUCAAUGAAACUUCAGUUUGUUUAGGGGGAGGAGUUUGGAGAGUCAAGCACCACCCAUAUGUACCAGGCGUGGUCUUAGCAGCUUGCAUGCACAAUUGCUUUGCAGUUGUGAAGAUUGAUGAGGAGAAAGGAGAAGUGAUGGAAACCUAUACCAAGCAUGGCUCACUUGCUUACGGUGCAGAUUGGCAGAGGGGGAAUUUAUCUCAUAAGGUCAAACAAAACAGCUCUGUAGUGGCUACUUGUUCCUUUUAUGAUCGGCUUCUUCAGAUAUGGAUACCAGAAAGUAGCGUUGUUAAGCAACUUUAAUGCAGUUAAAUAUAUAUGUGAAAUUAAUGACUGAGAAAUAUUUUUUACAUUCAGAGAAGAGAAAUACUUUCAGCGAAGACAUAUUUUUUAAUAUGAACAAUUAUUUUAGAUUAAACAUGAUGAUUUACCA